GGUGGCGGCGGCGGCGGCCAGGUUAGGCGAGGCGAGGCGGAGGAGUGCGCCGUGUCGGCUGAAGGUGGCCGGUGGAGGUGUGAGGGUGGCAAGGUACUGGGAAGUAGCCAGGCCGGAGGGGCCGCCGCCGCCGCCAUGCAGGAAAUCAUCGCCAGCGUGGACCACAUCAAAUUCGACCUGGAGAUCGCGGUGGAGCAGCAGCUAGGGGCACAGCCGCUGCCCUUCCCGGGCAUGGACAAGUCAGGGGCUGCUGUCUGUGAAUUCUUUUUGAAAGCUGCCUGUGGCAAAGGGGGCAUGUGCCCAUUUCGCCACAUUAGUGGUGAGAAGACAGUGGUGUGCAAACACUGGCUACGGGGACUGUGUAAGAAGGGGGACCAGUGUGAGUUCCUGCACGAGUAUGAUAUGACCAAGAUGCCUGAGUGCUACUUCUACUCGAAGUUUGGAGAGUGCAGCAACAAGGAGUGCCCCUUUCUGCACAUCGACCCCGAGUCCAAGAUCAAGGACUGCCCUUGGUACGACCGUGGCUUUUGCAAGCAUGGUCCCCUGUGUAGGCACCGGCACACGCGGAGAGUUAUCUGUGUGAAUUACCUCGUGGGAUUCUGCCCGGAGGGGCCCUCAUGUAAAUUCAUGCACCCUCGAUUUGAACUGCCAAUGGGAACCACCGAGCAGCCCCCACUGCCACAGCAGACGCAGCCUCCAACCAAGCAAAGUAACAAUCCGCCAUUACAAAGGUCGUCCUCCUUGAUCCAGUUAACGAGUCAGAACUCUUCUCCCAAUCAGCAGAGAGCCCCGCAGGUCAUCGGGGUCAUGCAGAGUCAAAACAGCAGUGCAGGCAACAGGGGACCCCGGCCGCUGGAGCAGGUCACGUGUUACAAGUGUGGUGAAAAAGGACACUACGCCAACAGAUGCACCAAAGGGCACUUGGCCUUUCUCAGUGGACAGUGACAGCAGCUGGAGACAGCUCAGAACAGCCCAAGGGGCCCCAUUUUGGAGACCACUCUGGGCCGUCCUUGGAAGUGUGCAUUUAACUGUUCAAUGCCAGUGUU